AUAGCAACAUUAGAGAGACGGAGCGAGUAUUUUUUCUUUUUUCUUAAGUUCCCACUUCCCACUUCCCACUUCCCGCACUCUCAUGGCUUGACUGACAUUGACACUUCCUAGUUCUUAUUUCCGCCAUUGCUAGAUCUUCGUUUCUCUCAGAUCCAUCCAUCCAUUCUCCAUCCCAAAAUGCCAAGAUCAUCAUCUCCUCUUCUACCAUCUUCCGACAAUCAACCAUACUCCAAAUCCGAAAAAAUCAAAAAACCCUCCACUUCAUCUCCUCACUCUUCCCGCCUUCCUUUACCCUUUGUCGUCUUUUCCAUUUUCUCUCUUUUUGUCGGAAUUUCCGGCACCAUUUUCUCUCUCAUCUCUCUUUCCCGCAAUCAAUCUCCUCCUGUCUUCCGAUGUGGUCGUGUCCAGGAUUCAUUUCGUGGGCAUUACUUAUCUAAGGUUCAGAAUUAUAAGAUCACAAAUGGCGGGAAUUCUCUUGAUCGACCUAAGUUUUUAGGGUUUGUUGGGAUUUUGACUGGGUUUGAUUCUGUUGAUCGAAGAAAUGCUUUGAGAAGUACUUGGUUUCCUUCUGAUCCUGAAGGUCUUUUAAGGUUGGAGCAAGCUACUGGUUUGGCCUUUAGGUUUGUGAUUGGGCGAUCAAUAGAUGCUAAAAAGAUGGCUGAACUCAACCAAGAGGUCGACAAGUAUAAAGAUUUUAUGCGUAUAGACGUGGAUGAAGAAAAUGCUAGUCCUCCAUACAAAACUCUGGCAUAUUUAAUUGCAGCAUUUGAACUUUUUGAAGCAGACUAUUUUGUUAAAGCUGGUGACGACAUAUAUUUACGUCCAGACAGGCUUGCUACACUUUUAGCUAAAGAGAGAACUCAAUCUAUGACAUAUAUUGGCUGCAUGAAGAAAGGACCUGUUAUAACUGACCCUAAAAUGAAGUGGUAUGAAAGUCAAGGACACCUUAUUGGAAAUGAAUACUUCUUGCAUGCUUAUGCUCCAUUAUAUGUUCUGUCCGCUGAGGUUGUUGCUUCGUUGGCUGCUUCCAGAAAUAACAGUUUGAGAAUAUUUAGCAAUGAGGAUGUAACCAUCGGCUCGUGGAUGCUUGCCAUGAAUGUUCAUCAUGAAGAUAAUCGAGCUAUAUGUGAUUCUCAUUGUAAACCAACAUCAAUUGGAGUGUGGGAUAUUCCAAAAUGUUCUGGUCUAUGCAAUCCAGCUGCAAGACUAAAAGAGCUUCAUGAAAUUAGUUUGUGUUCUAAGAGCCCAACACUUCCACCCGAGGAAGAUGAUGAUAGAUAAGUGUUUCUUGGAAUCACAUCUUUGCUUUUAACCUUUUCAGUAUAAAUACACCCUUACCGUAUUACUCGAAAUUGCGAUAACUGUCUAAGGGCGAGUUACUUUCCAGAUAAAAACACCCUUAAAGUCCUCAAGUUCUGUUUAUGUACACUAGCCAUUCUUUUCCCAUAUGAUCAGUGUAUUUAGGGUAUAGUCAAAUUAUCACCAAGAUGUAGAAUUACCGUUGAAUUUAUUAGAGGAUAUUAUUCUGGUGUUGUAUGUAAUAUUCAAUUGUAGCAUGAGCUCUUCCUGAAAACUAAGAGGAUAACUUCCAGUUUACUAGAACUAGAAAUAGAACUAGAACUAUUUCCCCAUCAUCAUCUUUUUGUUUGAUAUACUGAAACUCAAUUCUUGGGUUCAAUCCCUUUAUGUAUCUCCAUUUUCAUGCCAA